AUGAGAUUCUCAGCCGUUGUAGCACUUUGCGCCGCGCCACUGGCGUUGGCUGGUACUCUACAAGCAGACUUGGUUGCACGAGGCGCAGUCGGGAUUAAAGCUGAAGGAGUAGAGUUUCAGGGAAAGGAAAAUAGCAAGAACUCUAACAGCGGGGACAAUAAAAACAGCGGUGGAAAUGAUGUGUCAAAUUCAAUAACAGAGAUCAUCAUCAUUUGGGUCAACAAUGGAGGUGGAGCUCCUACUUCGACCAUGAAAUCUCAGUCUACUUUCUCCCUUCAAGAAGGCGCUCCUGCGGCAGCCCAAACACACAGCGUCACGGUUGGUGGAUCCGCAGGAUUAGCAUACACACCAGAUACUAUCAAUGCAGCAAUUGGCGAUAUGGUAAUUUUCACAUUCCUGGAACAAAACCACACCGCAACGCAAUCUGCCUUCACCACACCCUGUGAAGCACUGGCUGGAGGAGUUGAUUCUGGAUUCAUGCCAAACCCCAACAGCAGCAUCGUCCCACCACCGCAAAUGGCCAUGCAAGUUACUGUUGCAACACCGAUUUGGUUUUACUGCAAGCAGAAAGGUCACUGUGGAAAGGGCAUGACUUUCUCCAUCAACCCCACUGCCAACAAGACCCAAGCCAUGUUUCAACAAAUGGCCGUUGCUCAAAACGGUACCGGAACUACCCCGGUCAUUGCUGGUGGCUCAGGUACAGGAGCAACGUCAAGCACUGUUGCAGGCGCUGCCGCCACUUCAUCAGCCAACAGUGGUACUCUGGCUUCCGGAACCGGAACAAUCGACGGCACUGGAGCUUGCCAAUGCUCAUGUCUCUGCGGCGUAGCGUCAUUCCCCAACGCUGCCAUUCAAGGUGUCGACGGUUUCGGCGGUCUUCCAGGUGCCAUGCCUUCGAGCGCGCUCAUGACAUAA